GUGUGUGUGUGUGUGUGUGUGUGUGUGGGAGAGAGAGAGUGGGCUGUUUCCGUGGCGCUGGCGUGGAGGAGUUAAACAAAGUGCGAUGAGGAAGACGCUUCUUAAAAGUUGCUCCAGCGCAAACAGCGCAAACAGCACAGCGGACAGGACGAUGGUCGCAGUGUUCAGACGCAGUUUGUAAAAAAACAAACACACACAACAACAAGGAAGAUCUGUGUGCACUGUAAGUGUCGUCGCGAGGAGCAUGCGGUGCCCGUCAUGCCUGUAGAAAUGGAGAAGACGGUCACCAAGCUGAUGUACGACUUCCAGAGGAAUUCCACCUCGGACGACGACUCCGGCUGCGCCCUGGAGGAGUACGCCUGGGUGCCGCCGGGACUCAAACCUGAGCAGGUGCAUCAGUAUUACAGCUCCCUGCCCGAGGACAAGGUUCCUUACGUGAACAGCUCAGGAGAGAAAUACCGCAUCAAGCAGCUGCUCCAUCAGCUCCCGCCCCACGACAAUGAGGUUCGUUACUGUAACAGUCUCGACGACGAGGAGAAGCGAGAGCUCAAGCUCUUCAGCAACCAGCGGAAACGGGAGAACCUGGGCCGUGGAAACGUCCGCCCGUUCCCCGUGACGAUGACCGGCGCCAUCUGUGAACAGUGUGGAGGACAGAUUAACGGCGGAGACAUCGCCGUGUUUGCGUCUCGUGCAGGUCACAGCGUGUGCUGGCAUCCCGCAUGCUUCGUCUGCAGCACGUGUCAGGAGCUCCUGGUCGACCUCAUCUACUUCCACCAGGACGGCAAGAUCUACUGUGGACGGCACCACGCCGAGAGGCUGAAGCCUCGCUGCACCGCCUGCGAUGAGAUCAUCUUCGCGGACGAGUGCACCGAGGCGGAGGGCCGUCACUGGCACAUGAAGCACUUCUGCUGUUUCGAGUGUGAGACGGUGCUCGGGGGUCAGCGCUACAUCAUGAAGGAGGGACGGCCGUACUGCUGCUCCUGCUUCGAGUCGCUCUACGCCGAGUACUGCGACUCCUGUGGGGAACAUAUUGGCAUUGAUCAAGGCCAGAUGACCUAUGACGGGCAACACUGGCACGCCACUGAGGGCUGCUUCUGCUGUGCUCGCUGUAAACGAUCUUUGUUGGGUCGACCCUUCCUGCCCAAGCAGGGCCAAAUCUUCUGCUCGCGGUCCUGCAGUCUGGGUGAGGAACCUAAUGGCUCUGACUCGUCUGACUCUGCCUUCCAAAGUGCUCGCUCCACCAGAGAGUCCAGACGCAGCUCCAAGAUGGGCAAGAGUGUAGGAGGGGGUGGAGGGCAGGCAGAGAGGUUUUCAGGGGAGGUGGACCCACUAUCUUUACAAAUGGAUCUUCUGAGCCUGUCCAGCCAAACGCCUAGUUUGACUCGCGAUCCUCCAGCCUGGCAGAACCAGGAGCAAACAGGUGAUGGAUAUACUUAUGGGUCCCAAUCAGACCAAAUUGCCAACCCCACCCCUCUCCAGCUUCUCAGCCAGUGCAAUGUCAGGACCACCUAUACCUCUGCCUGCUCUGGAAAGAUAAUUCAGCAGCAGGAUCACAGUAUCUUGGACAACACAGGUUUUAAGAAACCCCCCAUCUCAGCCGUGAAGGGCCACUCUGUGAACGAGACAUGGUUCCAACAGCCAACUCCAGAGGAGUACUACCCCCCUAAACUGAUGACCCAAAAGAGCUUCACUGAGGUUUCCCACUGCUCUCAGCACCGCAACGGCUUCUCCGCUGACAAACGCUCCAUCAGCUUGCAUGGCUUUCAGAGGGACAGAGAUGUAGGGAUGCCAGCAGCAACCCAGGUGGCAAGAAGCAGGAACCCCAUCAAUGCACUUAACUUUCCUGAGCAACUGACCCCCCUGGAGCAGACCCCAAGAGGGUCCAUGGAGUCCUUGGCCUUGACCAAUGGAAACUCAGCAGAUGGAGGAAGAAAGCGUCAGGAGCACCUUUCCCGUUUCUCCAUGCCGGACCUGAGCAAAGACUCUGGAAUGAACGUGUCAGAGAAAAGCAACGUUCAACCUACGAACUCUUCAGUACAGUUUCGAAACUCUGACUCCAUGCACAGCCUCACCGCCAGCCAGCCAUACAUGGAGAUGGAUCCACCCAGGUCCUCUCACAUUAAGGUGCAAUACAGUGAUCCUGCUGGCAUGGGCGUUGGAAUGGCAAAGGCCCAUUUACCACCUGGUUUCACCUUCCAGGAGGAGGACCGGGUGAGUUUGGUGAGCAGCGCCAAUGCUGCCCGUCUACCACCCAUCAGUGAGCGCGUGCUGGGAGUUGGUGGUGGAAGGGGAGCAGCUUUCCGGAUUGAAGCCCCAGAGGAGCCUCCUCAGAGGCGCCGGCACCAUCACCACCACCGCUCCAGGAGAUCCCGCCGUUCUCGCUCAGAAAACGCUCUAAAUUUAGUGGCAGAGCGCAGGCCAAGGCCUCAGGAAAGACCACAGUUGCGAGUACGAGAGGAUUAUGACCGUUUUCCACCACCGAGGAGCGCCAGAGACCAAUUUGGUGUAGGGGGAGCAGGGGGACGAUAUCAACCCCAGUUCUUCAGACAGUGUCCCAGGACCACUUCAGACCUGACACUGCAGAACCCCGGGGCCAGCCGACGUACUGGCUUGAACCAGUAUUCCUGGGAUGAUUAUGAUGAUGACGAUUGGUGCUCAACCUGCUCUUCAUCCUCCGAUUCCGAGGAUGAAGGUUACUUUUUGGGUGAGCCGAUUCCCAGACCCGUUCAGCUGCGAUACCUCAGCAAUCAGGAACUUGUCCAUAAGUACAACACAGGAAUAGGCGGAGCCAGUCGCAGUGGUCAGGUGUACAACCACAAACGCAGAAAAAGCAAGAACUGCAUCAUCUCCUAACACCUUGACCUUUAGCACAGGACUCUUUCUCCACCUUGUGGACACUAACCUCCACUAUCGUCCAAAAACAAAACUCACAAUCCGUUUAUUCAGUGUUGUUGCGUGUUGAAUAUUAUGUAAUUGAAGUCAGUGAUGAACAACAGUUGGUAAAUAGUGAAAAAGCAAGUGUUUGCAUGUCUGUUCAUUCUAAUGUUUCUGAAAAUCUCCUGAGUAGUUUGGAACGCUGUUCAAGCCCAGUUCACACUACACGAUUUUCCACGAUUGAUCGGCUUGAAACCUGGUGACUCCCCGACAUUUCGCAAACCCCAAGAUUAGAGUUUGAGAUGACUGAAGUUGCCCAAUCCGAUCUGAGAACUAGAAGGGGGUGACACCAGCUGAAAUCUGAACUGGAAUACAAGGUUACAUUCAGAUUACCAGCCAUGUUGUUCAAAUCUGAUUUCACAGUUCACAUUGGUCAGCAUAUUUGUGAGCAGAUUUUGAGUUCCAAGCUAAAUUUAUUUCCAACAUGAUAAUGCGUGGAACAUCCAGAGCAGGAGCUGAAGUUACAGUGAGCUGGUUCUUUCCAGUGGCUACAAGAUUGCACUGUUUCUGUAAUGCACGUUUGUAUUUUACCUGAUGUUGAAACUACAACCCAGGCUUGGUAAUAUGGGAGUCAUUGGAUUUUGUCCCAUCUGCUUUAACACAAAAAGCGACUAACUGACAUGCAUCAGAGCUUCUCAGGUUGUUCAAACAGAGUUAAUCAAGUAGCUAAAUAUGCUAGUGAACAUUAGCUAAGGCCACCACUUCUGGUCAUCCUCCCAUACAAUAGAAGAUCACAUUGUUCUUAGAGGUGUAACAGGUUAAUGUAAUGUAUGUCUCAGUGAUUAGCAUCCAGAUAGUGAUUAGCAUCCAGAUACCAUGGAAAACAUUGGUCCUUCUUCAGUGUCAGGACGUGCCAGAAAUUGCGUAACCCUAACCCAUAGGAAUAAGGUGGAUAUGCAAAAAGUCCAUGGACCACAUUCUAAAGUCACACAAAUCGGAUUUGAUGAUUGGUUUUCUGUGUCCACACAGCCCUCAAAAACAAAUCUGUUCUGAGUCAUUUCACCCUGGUAAUCUGAACCUAGUCCAUCAGUGGUUCAUUGGAACCAUCGGAACUUUGAAAGUCCAGCUUUUCCACAGUAGAAACCGAGCUAAAUUAAACCUGGUUUCACACAUCACAUACUAAUAAACUCCCAAUUACAAAGUAACACGUGCGACUCGUGGAUUGCUAGCUUGGCUUUUACACGUUUAGUUCUAUCAAGUCACACGUUGUUUAACAAAAAGCUGAUGUGCAAUUUCAUUUUUUCUUCUCACAAUCUUAUUUUUUCCACACUGCAAUCGAUUUGAGUGUUGUUUGGUACAGUUAGCUUCUUCCUUUUUUUCACACAAUGUGAUUUAGAAUUAGUAUAUACUGUACUAUUGUAAUCAGAGUGUGUACAUAGACAAAUGAAUUAAUAAUUUCACUUUAAGUUAAAAAAAAAAAGUUAAAAGGUUUGUGUAAAUAUGGUUGUAAAUGAGGCAUCACAUAUUUUUAUAUUUUGUAUGGAUAGAAUCAUUUAUGUAUUAAAUAUCUAUAAUGUAGAGAUAGUAAAUAACAAAAAACAACAUAUGCAUGUUUGAUUUGACUGACCUGGUCCUUUGGAAUAAAGGAGAAUUUCAGUGAUUAA